GUACAUCGUGCAUCUCGUAUCCAAACAUACACUCUGGAGACACUCCAUUAAAAGGGAAAUCUAGAGCGAUGGGAAUAAUAUAUAAGAAUGAGAUAUCCUGCUGUGUAAAUCAUCAUUCAAUCAUCAAACAGUCUCAUCUCAACUCACAAUAACCAACAUCUAAACCAAUCAACUCAACUUUUCGUCAAGAAAUCAAUCAUCCAACCGCAAACAUGCAAUUCUCAUCCGCUAUCGUCUCCGCCAUCACCGUUGCUCUUGCAUCGGCUGCCGCCAUCGAACAGCGCUACAACCUCUUCCAAGUCUCUGACUUCAGCGCCGCCUGCGUCCCACACAGCAGCCAGUGCCUCUACUCCUUGACCGUGAUCCAACCCGGAAGCAUGGAAAAAGUCGGUGUCAAAUGCACCGCUCUCGUCACCGGCAACGCCAACGGAACUCUCCCAAACAUCCCACAAUGGGGCGGCUCCUGCGGCGAUUCCUCCCGCACCUUCUGGGCCACCCGCGAAGAUGCCGGUCUUAACUUCUUCGUUUCCCAACCGGUUUCUGUCGCUAGCAACCAAACUGCUAUCCACUUGCUCCCCAACAGCGAUUUCACUAUGGUUCCAACCACCAUUGGUGACAUCCAGAGCUACACUGGCCCAAGCUCCUUCGGUUUGGAGGAGACCUAUGAUUACUAGAGGAAUCGACAGAGAGGGAAAAGUGUCAUGGCUUUCGCUACGGAAGUCUUUGUUUACCUAGUAAUUAUUGAUGGAUAUUAGCGAAGUUUUUGUUUCUGUUUCUGGUGUGCGCUGAGGAUAUUUGUUGCAGAUAGUAUUGAGGAGGAUAAUUGGGAUAGUAGAACAUUAUUAAUACAGCUACUUUCCCCCCAUUUUUGUUCCUGCUUGCAAAUUUCUGAAGUCUCAAGGGCAUUCCGCU